AUGGCGCGCGCCCCCAGGACGAGCCGAGCCAGCCAGCUCGACGCCGCCCUCCUCGACGACGAGCUCGCCCAGAUGCUCGAGGCGCCGCUGACGGCCCGGCUGGCGACGCUGGCCGGCGGGCGCUGGCGGCCCGAGCUCACGGCGGCCGUCCGGCUGGCCGUCGUCGGCCUCGGCCUGGCGCCCCGCCGCGCCCGGACGAGCAGCUACGGCGCCCGGCUGGCCGGCCUCCAGUGGCUCGACCGGCACACCCUCCGCCCACUGCACCCCACCCGGGCCGCCCUCUACGCCUUCCUCGCCGUCGUCCCCGCCUACAUCCAUGCCCGCAUCCGCGACCACAUGCUCAGCGGAGGCUGGCCCGACGGCCCCAGAGCAUCCACCUGGCCCGCCAUCCUGGCCAGCCGCCACCGCCGCCGCACGCUCUGGGAGCUCGUCGAGCGGCUCGACCUCCUCCGAAGCGCCCUCCAGCUCGCCACCCUCCUCCGCUUCCUCCACAACCCCCGCCACCCCCGCGCCCUCCUCGACCGCAUCCUCAACAUCUCCCUCCGGCCCCUCGACGCCCAGCCCAGCCGGACCGUCGCCUUCGACUUCCUCCACCGCCAGAUCGACUUCAUCCUCUUCAUCCUCCCGCUCAUCGACCUACGCCGGCUGCGGCUGCGGCUGCGCUCGCUGACCAGCCGUCUCCAUGCGGCCCCAACGACGAUCCCGACAACGACGAAGAGGGGGGAGCUGUCGGCGGAGCAGUGUCCGAUGUGUGUCGGGCGCCGGCUGGCCCAGAAGUCCUCCCUGGUCGCCGACCCCGCCGACCCGCGCCCCACCCCCCCGGGCGGGCCCGACGCCGCGCUCAAGAUCGCCUACCAGGUCGACUGCUGCAACGGCCUCUACUGCUACGCCUGUCUGCUCCCCGACAUCCUCCGCUGGAGAGACGAGCACCUCGACGAGCCCUGGACCUGUUGGCGGUGCGCGCGCUCGCCCAGCAAGAUCCACAGAUGGAACGGCACUUAG